AUGAAAGCCUUCAUCGCUUGGUUGUCGUUGUUUGCGACCUCUGUUGUGAGCCUGUCGGCGACACAGAGCAUAAAUGAGCUCGAUGUCUUCUCGCUCGUUCCAACAGCCGCGCCAGUUCCUCGAAAUCUCGAUGUUGAUCUCGGGGUCGGGAUUGACCUUUGCGCCAUAGUGACGGCCAGAGUCACAGUGAGAAUCUCGAUUGGACUCGGGGACAAACCGGUCACUGAGACCAUCACUGAUGAGACGACGGACACUAUUACGCGAUCCGCGCCAACAGUUACGGAUACCAUUACACAAAUUAUCACCGAUGCUGUCAGUGGACCGAUCUCAACAGUGACGGUCACCGGGAGUGCUGCCCCAGGCGCAACCUCAACUGUGACAGUUACUGAUAGUGCUGCCCCAGGCGCAACAUCAACAGUGACGGUCACCGGGAGUGCUUCCCCAGGCGCGACGUCAACAGUGACGGUCACCGGGAGUGCUUCCCCAGGCGCGACGUCAACAGUGACGGUCACCGGGAGUGCUGCCCCAGGCGCAACCUCAACAGUGACAGUUACUGAUAGUGCUGCCCCAGGCGCAACAUCAACAGUGACGGUCACCGGGAGUGCUGCCCCAGGCGUGACAUCAACGGUGACAGUGACUGAUAGUGCUGCCCCAGGCGCAACCUCAACAGUUACGGUCACCGGGAGUGCUGCCCCAGGCGUGACAUCAACGGUGACAGUGACUGAUAGUGCUGCCCCAGGCGCAACCUCAACAGUUACGGUCACCGGGAGUGCUGCCCCAGGCGUGACAUCAACAGUUACGGUCACCGGGAGUGCUGCCCCAGGCGUGACAUCAACGGUGACAGUGACUGAUAGUGCUGCCCCAGGCGCAACCUCAACAGUUACGGUCACCGGGAGUGCUGCCCCAGGCGUGACAUCAACGGUGACAGUGACUGAUAGUGCUGCCCCAGGCGCAACCUCAACAGUGACAGUCACCGGGAGUGCUGCCCCAGGCGCAACAUCAACAGUUACGGUCACCGGGAGUGCUGCCCCAGGCGUGACAUCAACUGUUACGAGGAACAUCGGUGGUACAACUGUGACCGAGCCUGGGUCCACAGUGACAACCACAGUUGGGCAAUCAACGGUCACAGAUACUUCGAUAUUGACCACCACUGUUGGUGAAUCGACAAAGACCGACAUUUUAACUGUCACAGUCUCUAUUGGUGGAUCAGAUGUCACAUAUACAUCUACUAUCACGGAAACGUCUACUAUAGCGGAUAUAUCUAUUACGACGCAAACUGUUGGCGACAGCACCAUAACUAGAACAUCAACUGUCACAGAUACGUCGACAUCUACUCGUACCGUCAGUGGAUCCACAGUGACUUUAUCACCCUCCACUAUUAUUAGUACAAUUCCAGCAUCGACCAUCACAAGUGUCACCACGGAACCUGCAAGCACGAUCACUUCUGCUGGAAGUACAAUUACAAUCGCAGGUUCAACAACCACAGUGACCAUCACAAGCCCGGCCAGUACCGCUACUGUUGUGGACACCGUUUCUCCAGCUGGAGAGACAAAGACACAAGGAAGCACUGUUACCGCCACUGUCACUUUCUUCCAUCGGAUUAUACCUGGGGUUGCCCCCCCCGGAUUUCUCUGUCGGCCUCCCCACACGGGCGACCGCUCCGGUUGUAACGUCGAAGCCGGCCUUCCAGCCAAUGGUUAUAUCUGCGCCCCCGAAGAUUGUAUCCCAGCUCCUGCUUUGCUUUACAACCAAUCCAGCCAGACUGAUAAAUUUGGCCAGCAUUACAAUGUCUCGGAGGAUUACUUCAACCUCAACCCGGAGAUAUUUGGUCUCAAUUAUUCCAUCUUCCAGCUCGAAAACGGUGGGAUUGCAGCGUACAGCAAGCGCGACACUUUCUCACCACAAGUCAAAGCUAGAUCAAUAUGGGAUCGAUUUGUAGACCGAAAGGCCGAGAAAAGGGAUAUUGGCUCGGACGUUCCAGGAGUCUGCUUUAAUGAUUGUAAUGAUGCAGCACAAGUUCCCCAAAGCGUUGGGAAAAAACAAUCUCUUUGCACAAGUGGUUCGCCAUUCCGGGUCAAUCUGGGCAACUGCGAGGAGUGCGUCAGCAACUACGCUACUGGAAACUUGGAUAAAUAUUCAUCGACCCUCCUGCCUUCAUUUGAACAGUGGUUGACUUACUGUGAUGGCCUAACCACGGCCUCAGAAAGUACGACCUCCGAUACGAGCGCCACAACUACCAAGGGAUCUACUACGAGGACAACCACCGACGCGAGGACCUCUGGGGAUACCACUGCUAUCAGCACUCAGAGUCGUGAAACGGGCACUGCCACCAGGACUCAACCUCCAACUUCAGCCGAUUCAACGGGUGAAAAGACUAGUUCACAGACUGAAACGGUUCCUUCAACUGCUAGGCCACAUGGUACAACUCUACUAUAUGGCUCGACACGAAUCGUUUCUGGCUCAACUUUCAUUGAAUCAGGCUCGGCCGUUGUACAGUCCGGAUCAACAAUCGCCAAAACUAGCUCAGAGGUGACAGUGUAUGGAACAACCCAUGGGACAACCACUCAGCACUUAUCAUCAACGUCCGAGAGCCCUAGUGUCACUUCAAGUUCAAGUUCUGAGGACCAUACGGUGACAGCGACCGUGACUGCCACCAUAAAUGGUGCGGUGUCACCAAUUAAUCUUCCUCCUCGAUUUUUGCUCCUUAAUCUCCUCUUCGCCAUUGCGGUCCCAUUCUUUUAA